CAACAGGUAUUCAGUAUUACCGCGGCUGUUUGUAUGCUGAGUUCAGUGGAUGGGUACAUGGUUAUUGUUGGGUGAAAGUGUUUUUGCUUUGAAAAACUGCUCAUGUCCAGCUGACAAGCCGUUGAUAGUCAUUAUAAAGGUGUCGAAUACAAAUAUGUUUUAAGAGCAGUGUAAAUAUUGAUAUUUAUCGUUGAUGAUACUUGGAUAAUCAAAGUUUGCUUGUGGCGUAAUGCGUUGUAUGCUGCGGCUGGAUUACGUUAUUUCUGUAGCCCAAUGCGGCUUAAUUGGUUGGGAGGAUCCGGUGCCGCAUCAUCUAUGUUCGCCAAUUAACCGGUGACACUCUUCGCCAUAAUGCGAGAAUCAAUCUUUUUGUUUUCAUGUUGUUGUGUCUUAUUAUCCUUUUGCUCAAAUUCAGUAUCUGCUCAAAAUUUACCGGACACUGGUAAUCAGCCAACGCCAUGCGUGGACUCUGCCGGCAACGUUUAUUCCCCGGGCGCCGUUGUGCCGCUGCAUCAUCCCUGCCGCCAGUGCGUGUGCGGUGCCAAAGGGAACAUCUUAUGCGAAUCCUUGAACAAAAUCACAGAAUGCCGACCCCCACCGGAUGCUCCGUGCCGCAAUAUUAGCGGACAUGUCUGCUGCGAACGGAGUUUCGCUUGCGACCGUUUAGCGAUUUGCCUAGUCGGAGGAGCGGUAUACAGGGCAGGCGAUUCAAUGAAAAACGGGAACGAGAAAUGCCAGGAUUGCCGUUGUGGAUCCAAUGGAAAGGUCAUUUGUGAGGCUGCAGCCCACUGUGGGAGGCCUGCGUGGAUUGCUGAACUGGGUGGGAAUGAUUGCACGCCGGUAUAUUCGGGCAAGGAAUGCUGCCCCUCGGACUAUCUGUGCAAGUGCACAAUAUUCAAUGAGACACUCCUCAGCACAGGUCCCCGGAGCGUUGCACGCUGCUCAGCCUGCUCGUGUUCAAAGUCGACCGGUGUCAGCAGCUGUCAGCCGGUCGCCUGCAAAUUACCGUAUAAAUUUUCGGAUAAAUGCCGUGCCAUUUAUCGUGGUGAUGACUGUUGUCCUGUUGACUACGAUUGUCCGGGGAGUGCCGUUAAAAGUGGUGCUGGAAUGAAGUACCAUCAGAAUCUGGAGGCUCCCAUCAAGCAGUACGCUUCCACGUCCAUCAAUGCCGCACAGCGGUAUAUCGACGGCGGUCGUGAUCAGUACGAUAUUCUGCCGUACGGGCUACCACUGGUCAGUAAUACAACGGGACCGCUGGGACGAUCGGACGAUAUGCCACCGCCGACAACGGAAAAGGUGGAAAUUGUACCAACUGCCACAGUGACUACAACGCGGGACACCACAACGGUGGAAAUGACGACGGAAACUUCGAAGCGCCCGGUGGAGAAGAAUAUGCGCUUGAUAUCCAUUCCUAUCGGGGGAAUUGAAGUGGUUCCGAAAAGUGGGCGUAAUUCAUCGGGGGUGUUUGUUACUGUCAAAGGUGAAGUUGCGGAGGUGAAUGGCACGGUGAAGAAUCCUUCACCGCCGCAGCCGGAGACAAAAACCACGCAGGAUCCGUUGCUGCGUGUCUUCCAAAAAGUCGCCGAGAAAAUUACCCGAACGACGCCCCCGGUGAGCGAUAGUCCGGACAUACUGCGCUACGAUGUGUCGGCGCUGAUAACCGAUACGACUCGCAGUUCACCGGAAGUCAUGAAUAAAAUAUGGACAACGGUGGCAUCGACACCGACUCCCGAAGUAUCGCUAAGCACCUCGACGGUCACAACGACGCCCCCGCCUAGCCAUCGAACGGAUGCAGCCACCACGGAGAUAGCGGAGAAGAAUGACAAGGGAAGCGGUCACUCGACGGUGGAGGAUGUCGAAUCGUCCACGACUGGGAUGACCACUUUGCCGGCGGUGUCAAGUUCAAGUGAAAGCACAACUAGUACUGUGAACACGAGCACCAAGAAUCUUGAGAGCGAUACCAUCGCAGCAAUUUCGAUAACAACCGGCCACGCGGAUGGUAAAACUGUGUCCAAUUUGUCUGCUGAAAAUACCACAGCAGACGUUCUUUCUGGCUCGUCCUUUUGGAAAUCCCCAACGAAUUUCAAUCGCGGCGCCUUGGGUCUCACGGGAAAUUUAACGCGUCAUCACACCGACGCCGCAUACUCUAUGAGUUCAGCGGAUGCGGGCUUUUUAGCCGAUGACUUGUCGUACAAACUGUUCAGUGUCAAUUUCUUCCGAGUCCCGCUCGGCGAGACAUCCGCAGCAGCGCGCAGUGCCAAAUCCCUGUUGCUUUCCGAUGCGGAGAUGGCUGCGAACGCUACCUUGAACUCGACCGAGACGACCAGUUCGGAUUUCAUCGCACCACAAGGUCAGCCGGCGGCCGGAUUACCGCUGAUCAAUGCAACCGCCGCCAAUGUGACCAGCAGCAGCAACGAUACAGCGAGCAGCACUGAACUUGAUCUACUGGCGGCGGCAGACUCCAGUCAACUGGCUAACGUUACACUGCCACCUGAUUUCCAGGUGGUGACGUUCGGAUCAAUGCCUCGUCCCAACCGGCCGAAAUCCGCCGGUCAACUGCUGCCGCCCAUGAUGCCGGGGCUGGGUGGGCCCGGUGGUCCCCUCCUGCCGUUCAUGACCGAAGUGGAGUUCAAAGGCUUUGGCAUGAUGCCGGAGAUAGAAUUGAAGCCGUUGGGCGGCGGGGAUUUAGCGGGAUUAGCAGGGAUGGCCGCCAUGUUAGGCGGUGGCGGUGGCCCUCCGGGGCCGUCCAUUGGCGGGCAGUUGGCGGGGGCGCCGCCGCAACCUCAACCACAACUUGGCAAUCCGGUCAAUCGUCUGGCUGCGGCCGUUGCUGCGCAGGAUGCCAUGGAGGAACUGGCGGAAGGCGGAACCGGUGACGGUGCCCUGGCGCUGGCAGCUGCUAUGAUGCAGAGUCCAAAUCGUCCCAUGGCGGCCAAGUUAGUGGAGAACACGAAAAUGGGGUUCAUUACAACGCCAGUUCCAACCGUGGCGAUAGUGUUCCCCAACGGCUCGAUGGAUACCGCCACAGCGAAGUCCCCCAUAGGUCGCAUGGUAGCGGCAGAAAGCGGUUCUCCAUCACAAACCGGCCAACCCUUGGCCCAUUAUAACUCCAUGUUCGGCUCACAAAAUCAUCACUUUCAGUAUCCGACUAUGUCCAAUCCGUGGUCCAAUCCGAUCUUUACCGGCGCAGCCAGCAAUCCACAGCCGACAACCACCACCGAUAAACCGGCCCCGACGAAGGAUCCGUUUCCCUUUGAAGCGGUAGUUGAUGUUCUGGAAGAGGGACGCGGACCGGCGUUGACCCAAUUGUUGGGGGCGUUGCACUAUAUGGGUCGGCCGUCACCGAUGAUGCCGCCAGCAUACGGGAUGAUGCCGCAAGCGCGAUCUUUUGGCGGGAUGCAUAUGGGUGGUAUGCAGCGCAGCAGUUACUUCCCCAAUUACCAGUCUAACGGGUUUGGGCUGGAAGGGUUAGGGGCACUAGGUAUGCUGCCCUUUAGCUUGUUUGGAGGCGCGCUAUCGGAACCGACGCCGAAGACAGGGCGGGUCCCUGUGGCGAAAUCCAGUCAGGCAGCGCAACCGGAAGGUACUCCAGCGCAGCCCCAGCGACGUCUGAAUCCGGGAAUGAACGCUGGAUCAGAAAAUACCAGUCCACUACGACCGAUGUACAAGGUGGGCUCGACGAUGACGGAAUCGCCGUUGGAGGGCGCAGUACAACCAAUGUCGUCGGGCGUCAUGGGACAGCCGGCUCCGCUGAUUGCGGCCAUGCAGCUGGGAUUAUUUGAGCGCUGAUAAUUAUUUAAUUUUCCUAUUUCUUUUGAAUGCGAUGUCUGUGUUGAGAGUUCCUAAAAAAUUUCGUACUACGGACAAUUUUUAGAAAAACAAGAAUUUAAAAUGCAUGCUUAAUGCAGUCUUGUAAUAAACGUGUAGAAAAUGUGUGUGUGAAAAUCAACAUUAAUAUCCUCCUGUUGAUCUGUUUGUGCUAGGGUGACUUUUGUGCAUGCUAUUACCGUAAUCUUCAUUCACUUCUCGCUUCCAUAAAAACUUAGGCUGGAUCUAAUGAUAC